UCUCUCUGGCCUCCAUCUUGGAACGACGCGCCGUGGAGCUGGAACCAUGCAACUCUUCAUUCGUGCUCAGAAUCUGCACACCCUUGAGGUGUCUGGAGAAGAAACAGUAGCUCACCUGAAGGCUCACAUUGAGCCCUUGGAGGGCAUCGCACCUGAGGAUCAGGUGGUUCUCUUGGGUGGGACUCCAUUGGAAGAUGAUGCCAUCAUUGGGCAGUGCGGUAUCAGUGACUUCACAACUGUGGAGAUCGCUGCACGCAUGCUGGGUGGAAAAGUCCACGGCUCCCUGGCUCGUGCUGGCAAAGUGAGAGGCCAGACCCCCAAAGUUGCUAAGCAAGAGAAGAAGAAAAAGAAGACUGGCCGUGCUAAGAGACGCAUGCAAUACAACCGCCGCUUUGUCAACGUUGUGCCAGGCUUUGGCAAGAAGAAGGGCCCCAAUGCUAACUCCUAAAGAGCACCCAGUUACCUAAUAAAUCUGAUACUUGCUUGGGGAAAAAAAA